AUGUAUUAUCUAAAGAUCUACCUCGUCGGAGAAGCCCGCAGAGCAGUGGAAGGGUUCUUCUAUAGGAACUCUGAGGACGCAUAUACAGGCGCCUGGAAAUGGGGCCGAAUCGUCGACGAUAACCUGUAUAAAUCGGGGGAUUACCCCGAUUUCAAAAGUUUCACAGCGUUCCUGAACAAAGAGGCCCGGAUAUCUUGCAACCCUAUCACCUCCCCACAUUGGAUGAACUUUAAACCCACAGUCGAGAAGGAAGCCAGAUCCCUCAAUACAACUGCCCAAUUAAAGUACACCACCCGAGAUGCACCUGAAACGGCCGAUUAUAGGGGAAGACCCCCAUGUGUGGUCUGCAAAGAUGAAACGCAUGGCAUCGUCAGCGGAACGAGUUCCCCAGUAACAGAUUCGUCAACCUACGAGUUGAGGCGAGCCCAAGAGCUGAAUGCUCAGCUCGGGCCCAAAGGAAGUGAAGAGGCCGUGGAUCUGGUCUGCGACCUCCACAACACCACUUCCAACAUGGGCCUGUGCAUUAUAUUAUACUCCUCAGACUGGCUCAUCCUGCACAUUUACAAAUACUUGCAGAGCAAGAUAACCUCAGUGCCUGUGAGAGCCAUCCAAAUAGAUUUACCUCGCUCUCAGGCGUAUUCCUUAGAUUCCCUCGGCAAACAUGGCUUCUCAAUCGAGGUGGGUCCUCAACCCCACGGCGUCCUCAGAGCAGACAUCUUUAACGCGAUGAAAGAGGCAGUGGAUCUCACUAUAGAAUGGCUGCAGCAGUUCAACUCUGGGAAAACCUUUGAAGGAGGAGAAGUAGAAACAUAUACUGCAGACAAGAAACUUGACUACCCGAGGGAUCCUACGACCAAUGAGAUCACUGCCGCCAUCCACCCGCAGCUACAGGAUAAUGACUUCAAGCUGCUGCGACCUGGCGACCCCAUUUUCCUGUCAUUUUCUGGGGAGACGGUGAGGCACGAGGGAGAGGAACUCUACCCGUUCUUCGUCAACGAAGGUGCUACUACGACGGCAUUUCUGAUAGAGAGGGAACUGGCAGAUGAAAUGCUGGGAAAUGGUGGCUGCAGUUUUCAGCUCCUGCAGAGGAGGGAGGCGAGCAGACGUGAGGAGUGA